AUGAUUUCACGAUCGUCUCAAUUCUAUGCUGUACUCGGUAUUGCUUUAUUUUUUGGAACAUUUGGAUUUAAUGGAUUAUUCGUCUUUCUUAUUUGCAUAUUGUGCUUUGUUUGCGGGUUUUGCUAUGUUAUUUAUACUCGUGGAGAAGAAAAGUCGAAAGAGCUUGCCUCCGACUUCAUAAAUCUCAAAGAUUUUAAGUUCCCACCGGGAAUUGAGAUGUUUCUCAAGAAUAAGAAUCGUUUCAAUGACAAGUCUAUUUAUGAACAAAUUCACUCUAUGACAAAUUGUCAGUCAAUGGAUGCUGUCCUUGAACAGAUGUUGUCCUUCGUGAUGCGUGACUAUGUCGAUUCGUGGUACAAGAAAUUGACAGACGAUGAGCUAUUCAAGGAGAGUCUAAGGAGGACAGCACGGCGUUCAAUCGCAUCUCUUUCGCAUAUGCGCCAAGUGGAUUGGGUCCCAUUUGUUACUCGCCAUGUUGCUGACGACUUCGCCUCCCAUUUGAGGUUAUAUCGGAUGGCCAGCGAACGAUUCAAGUACAUGGGAAAGAAAGACGGACUACCAUCUUCUGAGAAUGAUCUCUUAAGCCACUUUUUCGAUUUUGAGCUGGAGAUGGAGAAGACGAUAUGUCGAGAUCUUCUGUGCACAACACCGCAUUAUGAGAAUGCGUAUCUUCAUGAUGUUGUUGACAUUGUGCUAUACCUCAUCAUGCCACCGGAGGACUUCCGCUGCAGGCCACUUAGGUUUUUGCUUCGAGAGGUUAUUGUGCGAAGAAUUAUUAUUCCACUCCUGGACCACUUUUCUGAAGCUGAUGAGAUGAAUCAAAUUCUGAUCAGGCUUCUGAGUGAAAUCUCUCCUCGACCUGAUGAUUUCGUCGCUUGUCUCGAAAACAGUGUUUCUGUUGAUGAACUAGAGGCAGUGUACAAGUCGGUGCAGGAUGAGAAAUUGGUCUUGCGCGGAAAGGACUCUGGUGGUGAACAAGGCGUGUUUGUCAAGCAGCAACUUAGCAGUCUUGAUUUCGUUGACGGUCUCAUAAGAAAAAGGCUAGUUCUCCUAACCAAUAACACCGUGGACAGUGGCGGUUUAGACGUGGCUCGUGUGAUCUCAAAUGACGACGGGUUAGUGCAGUUGCCUCUUCACGUCGUACUGACCAAUGGAGUUGCUGUUUCCUACUUCAUUGACUACCUUCAGACUGUCGGUGGACAGAACUAUAUAGACUUCUACUUGGCAAUUGAAGGUUUCAAAGUGUCUGUGGAACACCAGCUGAGAACGCUUUCGAAUGGUGAAACUGUUGGAGACGAUGUCCACGAAACAAUCAAAGAGGCGGCACAGUUCAUGUAUCAGCAGUAUCUUUCUCAGGAGGCAAUUACUCGGGUUCCACUGGAUGAAAGCAUAAUUUCGAAAUUUCUAACGCGAAUAGAAAGCGAUGAGCCCUGUGAUUACUGGUUCGAGCAGAUCCAAGAAAAGGUUGGUGGUCUUACUUUUCAGUUGUGGUGA